AUGGACACUGCCCAGCGUACACACCUCCAGCCUGCAGGCGCAAACUUCCUCCUCCCAAACCUCCCAAACACAUCCACCUCCAGCCUCAUGGACGCAGUCGUCGGCGGAACCCCCAACGGAGCUCGCCCCUCCGCCCCCGCUGCAGUUGGCGCAUUCAGCCUAGGCCGCGUCGCAGAGGAGCAGCCCCUCGGCGACGCCAGUGCCAGCGCACGUGUCAACAGCAACGGCGUCAAGGACAAGCAGGACGCUGCCGAGGUCCGCGAGCUCGAGCUCAAGCUGGAGAAGAGGCGGAGCCUUAUCCCGCACCUCGAGAACGAGCUCGCUGCUCUCGAGGCCCAGAUCAAGGCCGCCGAGGAGCGUCUCAGCCGUGUCCAGCAAGCCCCCCCGCAGUGGUGA